AUGCAGGAUGAUGUGAGGGGACAAGAUUCGAGCAUGGCUGAUGCGCAGGGCACCAUGAAGGGGCACCGGACGGCAGAAAGCACGCAGAAAGUCUAUCGCUACAAAGUGCUGAGGCUGGUCAACAUGAUGAAGCGGAAGGCGAAGGAAGGGAAGAAGGAGGCUUACCGGGACCUCCUGGAUGAGGGAGGGAACGUGAGGCUUCCUCUUACUUGGACUUGUGUGAAGGAAACUUUUGAGCAUCUCAUGACGAGCAAGAGCAUGUCGAGAGGAAGGAAGCGGAAGAGGAAGGCUGGGGAGGAGGAGGGGAACAGCAGCGAGUCAAGCGAUUCAGCGGCAGGAGGAGCAGGUCAGGCUCAAGCAGGAGGGGAUGCGCCUGCUGCCAACCAGAAACUUCUGUCCAUAGGAUCAGUGCAAGGGUACAAGAGCGCGCUGAAGCACUACUACAUGGAGCGCAACGUCAGUUUCACGGCCGUCGGUGUCGAGGAGACCGGGAAGACGCUGGAUCAAAACUUGGACGACAUGAUACAGAAGCAUGCAGAGAGCAUCGGUGGGGCAAGAGCAGAGCAGGUGCGAGCACAGGAAGGCAACAGCGUCCUGCAAGUGAAAGGAUACGUCGCGAUCUGCAAAGAGAUGAUAGCAUGGAGGCCCAAGGAGAAGAAUCGAGAGCAUGGCGCCACUGGAUUGUUCGGUUACGCGGCGGCGACCUUCCUCUGGAACUGCUGCUGUCGAAGUGAGACCCUUGAUGAGCUUCACAUGGAACAUUUCGACUGGCGCAACGACAGUCUGGUGCUGACCAUCGUGAAGUCCAAGAACGAUGAUGCUGGCAACAGUGUAGAUAUGAUCUCUCAACAGGUCAGGCACGUUUUUGCCGCUCCUCACCAGCCUCACACCUGCCCCAUCUUGGCACUCGCGCUGUACACCAUCGCGCAACCCCGAGGAUACGGGAACAGCACAAAGUUCUUCCCAGGGAACGAUCAAAAGCAAAGAUUCAGCAAAGUGUUGCAGAGGGUUUUGUCGUGUAUGGAUGGCGGAGAUAGCAAGGAUUUCGGAGCUCAAAGCUUCAGAAAGGGCAGCGUAGCCCACCUUCUCUCGAUCCCCGGGGGCCCAUCGGAACCCUCCGUCCUCAUACGUGGAAGUUGGAAAGUUGGGAACUCGAGGGACGGGUAUAUCACCGAGGCAGGAAGCAACGAUCAGUAUUGCGGGAGGAUCCUGGCGGGCAACGACGUCAUGUCAGACUCGUUUGACAACCUGCCUCCUCAUUUCAGCGAGAAAGGACUGGAGAAGGUCAGGGGAGUCGGACUACACAAGUUUGUCCAUGGGUACGAGAGCUUCCCGGACAGCUUCAAGAGAUGCGUGCCUGUUUUCCUUGCCAACAUCGUGUAUCACAUCGAUACCUUGCAGGAAUGGUUUGGAACCGAUCACAUCCUGUGGGGUGCCCCGAUGUUCGGUCUGCAGGGGACAAGAACCAUGGAGUACCUCAGAUCUCUCAGGGCGGAAAUCGUGGCUGGCUCGAUGAGAUGCGAAGAUUGCGGCAUGAAAUCCACCGGGAUCCCUCCGUACUACCACGUCUUGGCGGAGAACAGAAGGUUCAGGAAGGAGAUCGUGGAGGUCCAGAACCAGCUGCACUAUGCACUGAACCAGCUACCCGACAAGAUCCUGGAUCAGGUGGCGGAGAAAAUCAAGGGAAGGGCCAACGAGCACCUGCCCCUGGACGAUCUUGAAUCGCUCAAGGCCGACGUGCGGGAGAGCAUCAAGAUCGCCAUGCGAGGGCACGACACUUGCGACAGCAACAGCAACAGGAGGGUUGAGGACAACAUUGCAUCGACCGUUGGUGAUCCCGGCGGGCAUGACUCCCAGUCGUCCAUGCAAGGGGACGUGUUCGUGUGGGAUGACGGGCAGGUACACAUGGUGCCGCAGGACUACAAGUUCGCGCAGAAGGUCGACUGUAAGAACGUGUGGCAGCGAUGGCACGUCGGGGAGCACUUGGUGGAGAACGGAGUGAGGAAAAGCAUCGGACCUCUCAAGCAGCUGAAGCCGUCGGACCUUGGCAACAGGAACAUGCGCAAGAACGUGAGCAAGGCCAGGAAAGUCAUGGAGAAGCUGGAGAAGAUGGCGAGGGAAGGAGGAGAGCUUGAGGAGGGGCAGGAGGUCACCAUCGACAACUACCAGAGCUGCUUCGAUGUCGCGUACAAGAAGAUCGUUGAGGACAUCUAUGGCCCUGACGCAUGGGAGGAGUCGAGAUGUAAGAAGAAGUAUCAAGACUUGUCCUACAUCACGGUGUACAAGUACAUCCGAAAGAUCUCCGGAGAAGCGGAGAGUGGGGAUGAGAGUGCUCAGGAAGACCCAGAGGAAGCGCACGAUCGGACGAGCGCUGGAGGAGAGUAG